AUGUGCUUGAAUUCUCCGCAUAAGAGGGCAAGAAAAUUUCUUGCAAGACUGAAUUUCUUCAUAAGUAGGAAGAAAAGAAGGCCUAAAAGACUUGUUUUUGAUUUAAGCCGGUUAAGUUCAUCAUUUGCAGCCAUGGAGUUAUCUAACCAAUUUAAGCAAGCCUUCAAACGCAUCGACAUGAAUGGGGAUGGGAAAAUAUCAAGUUUCGAGCUAGAAGACGNCAUGGAGUUAUCUAACCAAUUGAAGCAAGCCUUCAAACUCAUCGACAUGAAUGGGGAUGGGAAAAUAUCAAGUUUCGAGCUAGAAGACGUGCUUCUCAACCUCAGACAUGACAAGAAAACCCCAGACAAAUAA